GUCUCCUUGUCAUUUUGGCUACGGCAGAUUUCAGUUGAGUGAGACGGACAGCAGCGGCGGAGCAGUAAGGGACAGAGACCGCUGGGCUCAAGAAAAGAAAAGAAAAAUCGAGAACGCAUUUAAACAAUGAAACCAUCGAUGAAUUUCACUACAGCACACGAGUAAAACGAACUAAACCGUUGAUAUCGUUAAUUCAAUGACGUAACGUUGUUCGGUGAAAGCCUGAGGUUAGCAACCUGCUAGCGCAGAGAAGGGCUGUGUCAUUGAGGAGACAGGACACGUCAAGACGAGGAAGAAAAAUCUGGGAAGCUGUCUCUGAGCCAUUCCAGUGGGAGAUACCGAAGAGCUGCUCGACUUACCAGUCACAUAAAGCAGGCUGUCAUUGAACCAGCACACACUCGGCUGCGGCUGUCGCAUUGGAGCGGAUCUUCUCACAGUCAUCGCCUCGGAUCAAGGGUAGAGAGUAAGGUGAAAAGAUAAGAAUACCGUGUGGCAGUCUUGACUGGAAAACAUAAAUGGGGGAUUACGGGUUUGGAGUCUUGGUACAAAACAACACUGGCAACAAGUCUGCUUUCCCUGUACGAAUUCACCCACAUUUGCAACCUCCUCAUCAUCACCAGAACGUAACGCCGAGCCCUGCCGCGUUCAUAAACAGCACCACAGCUGGAAAUGGCAGCACCGCCGGGUCUCCCUGGCUGUUCCCAGCAGCCACGGCCCAUAACAACAUGCAGGAUGACAUGGGCACUGACAAACCCAAAGCCCAGCAGCAGGAGCUGCAAGAGACGCAAGAGAAGCAGCAGCAGCUCUCCCCUGUGCACCAAGAAGGUGGCAUCAUUUCAGAGCUUGAGAAAGCUCGUUCAGAAGAGAGCAAACCGGAGAACGGCACAUCCGAGGGCACUAACGGUAAGGAGAAGCUGCGUCUCGAGUCCCCUGUCUUGUCACCCUUUGACUAUCAGGAACCGUCUGGCCUGGGCACAGCUGUCCAGUCCAGUACUUCCUCGUCCUCCUUGACCAGUUUCAACAACUGGUCCGCUGCCAUUGCACCGACCCCAUCAGCCAUCGUCAAUGAGGACGUGGGUUUCUUUACCCCGGCCAGCAAUGGCCCACUGCUUUUCCAGAACUUCUCGCACCACGUAGGCCCAGGCUUCGGCGGCAGCUUCUCUCCUCAGAUCGGUGCCGUGUCUCAGCACCACGCUCCUCCGCCCCACCCGCACUUCCAGCACCAGCAGCACCGCCGCUCCCCAGCCAGCCCUCAUAACCCUCCACCCUUCCCCCACCGUGGAGCCACCUUUGGCCAGCUUCCUCAUCUCUCCAGUGGCCUGAGCAAACCACCCUCUCCCUGGGGUGCGUACCCGAGCCCCUCACCCUCGCCCUCUUCAGCCUCCUGGAGUCCAGGCGGUGGUGCCUAUGGCUCCGGCACUGGCUGGGGAGGAUCUCGGGGUGCUGACUUUCGUCGUGGCUUGAACGGUGCAGUGACCCCGCUUAGCUCUGUCUCACCACUCAAGAAGACCUUCCCAAACAAUCACUCGGCCUCUCAAAAGUACACCCGCCCUGGCACCACAUUCACCCCCAAGACCUGGAUGGACGAGACCGUUGGCCGAAGCGACAAUGUCUUUCCCUUCCAGGAGCGGACUCGAUCAUUUGAUGGCUUCAGCAUGCACUCCCUGGAGAACUCUCUAAUUGACAUCAUGCGGGCUGAGCAGGACACCCUGAAAGGUCGCCUUGGAUUCACCCAUCCAGGAGGAGACAGCCCUUUGCCUAUAAAUGCAAGGAAUUAUGGGAGGCGACGAGGUCACUCAUCCUUGUUCCCAAUGGAGGAUGGUUUUCCAGAUGAGGAAAGAGCAGAGCAGAGCUUGCCUGGACUAGGCUCUCCCCACUGCUUUCCUCAUCAGAAUGGAGAGCGAGUGGAGCGUUACUCACGCAAGGUCUUUGUGGGUGGUCUUCCCCCAGAUAUAGAUGAAGAUGAAAUUACGGCUAGUUUCCGUCGCUUUGGACAUCUGUUUGUGGACUGGCCUCAUAAGGCUGAGAGCAAGUCUUACUUUCCACCAAAAGGUUAUGCAUUCCUUCUGUUCCAAGAUGAGAGUUCUGUCCAGGCUUUGAUUGAUGCUUGCAUUGAAGAAGACGGCAAGCUUUACCUAUGUGUGUCCAGCCCUACCAUUAAAGACAAACCUGUCCAGAUACGCCCUUGGAAUCUGAAUGAUAGUGACUUUGUGAUGGAUGGAUCUCAGCCACUGGACCCUAGAAAGACCAUUUUUGUGGGUGGAGUGCCACGCCCUCUACGUGCAGUGGAGUUGGCUAUGAUCAUGGACAGGCUGUAUGGUGGAGUGUGCUAUGCGGGGAUUGACACAGACCCUGAGUUAAAGUACCCUAAGGGAGCAGGGAGGGUUGCCUUUUCUAAUCAGCAGAGCUACAUUGCUGCUAUCAGUGCUCGUUUUGUACAACUGCAGCAUGGAGAGAUCGAUAAACGGGUGGAAGUGAAGCCAUAUGUCUUGGACGACCAGCUGUGUGAUGAGUGCCAGGGCACACGAUGCGGAGGCAAAUUCGCUCCUUUCUUCUGCGCCAAUGUCACAUGCCUCCAGUAUUACUGUGAAUACUGCUGGGCGGCCAUCCACUCGCGUGCUGGCCGAGAGUUCCAUAAACCACUGGUGAAGGAGGGUGGUGACCGACCUCGCCACAUCUCUUUCCGUUGGAACUAAGGUUACACAGGCAGGGAGUGAGAGAGACAAGGGAGAGAAGGGUAGGAGUCGCAAAAUCAUUGUCUAAUAAAUGCACUUUCUGUUGCUGUUUCCUUUUUAAUUUAAUUUGAAGAAAAAAAAGAAAUGUCAUUAAUUUUAAUUUUUAGUCGAUGUCAAUCCAAAAAAGUUCAGGAAGAAAAUACAAUGUGUGAUGCAUCUCUACUAUUUAGGUAAUGCCAUUAGAGUUCAUUUACUUGGUGCACAGACAUGAAAUAUUGAGUAUUGGUAAUUUGUUAUUCCGUACCUGUUGUGGUUCAAUUAGAAGUAUUACAUUUUAUUUUUAUUUGAUUCAAAAGGCUACAGAGCAGACAUGAAAAGGUGUUGCAAAGAGUGCACUUACAAUUCUGAUUAGAGUGCAAAUGCAGUGUAGGAGCCCAGUGUUUAACCAAAGCUUAAUUGGGUUUUAGGAACAGCAAAAUAACUCAAAUUCUCUCUCUCUCUCACACACACACACACACACACACACACACACACACUCUAGUCCAUAAUUCAAAACAAUUAAUUCCGCAUUAGACGUCUGGGCUUGAUCUCCUUUUUUGCAGGAAAACUUAUACCUCAAGCUUAGCUGCUAGUUUGUUGAGCAAGAUGUAGAACUCAAGCUGGUCUCCCCUUUACAUGCUGACCACAGAAAAGGGAAUUGACAGCAGAAAAGACAGUUAGAAAGUCUGUGUUGUCACUUCCUGAAUUAAAAAUAAGAUUGGCAGUGAAACAGAGCAUUCUCGUGGGGAAUGCAUGGUGUCGAGGAUGCAGUAGUCGGCGUACGAGCUGGUUUAACAGCAAGGAAUUUUAAUUGCAUGGUGCUCUGCAGAACUAAAAAUAGCUUUCUUCAACUUAACUUAAGGCUGGCAAUUCUUAUUUUGUCCAACAAUAUAUGCUAACUUCCAGGCCACUUUCAACCUUGCACAGGUUUAAUGGCAAAAAAAAGUGCUAAAGAUAUUUAAGAAAAAAAUACCCCAUAUACCUCCUGUUCUGCAGUAUCCACUCAGCCGAAGUUUUGAAGCAUAACUGAAGGUAGAUCACUUUACCACUCUACUUUAUCCACUUUGACUUGCAGCAUAGAAUUUGUUUUUUUCUUUUCUUUUUUUUUUUUCUUUUUCUUCUUCUUCUUCUUCUUUAAUCUUCAGACGUUAGGGAACCAAAGAUGGCUGUGCAGUAGUGAGUAAAAUGCCUCACUCUUUUCUCCUUCAAGUGAAAGUCUCAUUUCAGUUUGUUAUUUUUUGCCCCUCACUCCCUUCGAUAUUUGAGACCAGAUGAACUCCAACGAACCAAAGAUUGGCCUUGAAUCGAUAAGCAUGCAGUCAAAAUCCAGAGUAACACUAGUGAAAAUACAACGAGCAUAGUGCAUGCUGGCUUUUUUGCAAGUCCACCUGCUUCUUUUCCAAAGGUCAAAAAAAGGAGACGUAUGUAGUUCAGCAGUCGGGUAUCAUUUUGAGAAACUGCUAGCUGUUUUGGUUGUGUUGGAACUGACAUGUUGUACUUUGAAUAUAGCGUCCAGUUCAAGUAAUGAUUCCAGACUUUGACCAUCUGAUAGUGCUAGCAUAAAAUGUCAGGGACAUAGUGAUGAAUUCUAAACUUCAUACACUAGUGAGAAACGAACGUAUCCUCACGUUGGCUUGAUGGUGUUCCAGCGCACCCACGCAGCACCACCACUUAAGCUUGUGGGUGUUCUGGUUAUACAUUUUAGAAGUUCAAACACUUUUUGAAGAAUUUGCUGUUAAUGAGAUGAUAAAGAUUAUUUUCUACAUGGCCUAAUGAUUUUUGGUACAGUGUUUUCUAGCUAAAUUAUUUUGUCAUGCACAUAUGAACAUUUAUUAUGCACUACUUUUCUAAAUACUUUUGUUUUUCAACAGUCAUUUUAGGCACAUUUUUCACAGAUGGGAAAACUCCUUUUUGCAAUACCUCAAUUUUUCGCAUUGUGAAAGGUAGCUUUUGUACUUUUGUUACUGAGAGAUCUGCAUAUAUGGAAAUUUUCUUUUAAGAGAAAAAAAAGUCAAGUGAUUUUAAUAUAUAUUAUUUUCAAUUAUGCUUUUUAUACAUUUCAGUGCUGAGGAAUCUUUACAACUAAGCGCACACUUGAGUUGAUGCGACUUCAGAUCUGCAGAGGAAAGAUCAAAGUAUAUCGUUUAAGGUCUUGCAUCUUGUACACUAGACUUUAAUGACAAUAUAUAUUACAAAAAAAAAAAUUAAA